AUGGCGGAACAGAAGCUCUGCGGAGGUGCCCCGGCGCGAGCCCCGUGCUGCCGCCCUCGGCGUCGCUGGUUCCCAUCCGCGGCGACAGCAGCGCCGCGCCUGCCCCUUGUGCUACUAGCCCUCCUCCUUCCGUCCGUGCUCUUGCCACCCGACCAACCGCAGCGCGCCGCGGCACAGAUAGUCUUUCCUGGCAUCGGCGAUCCUCUGGUGCUGUCGUGCUCCGCGGCCGGCAUGAUGUGUGCCACGAGCGGGUACAAGUGCUACUCCUACAACUCCUCCUCCGUCCACAACUGUUCCUGCGAUUCCACCCCCCCCGCGUGCACCAAAUGGAAUGCGCCGGUGCCCCGGUCGUGCACGGACCCGAAAACCAUUCCUUGUGUGCCCGGCGUCUGCGUCUUCAGCGGCGCCUCCUUCCAGGGCUGCUCCUGCCCCAAGGGAUUCUUCCAAACCGCCACCCCUGCUGGCUCCCCUUACUGCGCUCCCGGUGUUUUGUCUGUUGGCGGGUCAUCACCGCCGUCCGCCCCACAACCGCCACCAUCACGACCACCACCGCUGUCACCGCCGCCACCAGCACCAGCAUCAGCACCAUCACCAUCAACAGCACUACCAUCAGCACCACCACCAUCAACAGCACUACCAUCAGCACCAUCACCAUCAACAGUACUACCAUCAGCACCACCACCAUCAACAGCACUACCAUCAGCACCAUCACCAUCAACAGCACUACCAUCAGCACCACCAAGUUCAAAGCCAGGCAUGGAAGGCACCUCCUCUCAGCCACCCCCGGCAGGCCAGGCGCCCUCUGCAGAUCAAUCGUCGGGCGUGUCAACGGGGGUUAUAGCAGCGAUUGCGGUCGGCAUCGUUUGUCUUGUGCUGCUCGUCGGCGUGGUCGGAUUCCUUGUGUGGCGACGCCGACAGCGCAAGGAGCAUCACGAGAGUGAUGCGGUGCAAAAGGCGUUGAAGGCAGGCGCAGGGGACAAUGAUGAUGACGAGGAGGGUCGACCAGAAGUCCUAGCAGCAGCCGCAGCAGCUGCAGCAGCAGCGGCAGCAGUAGUCCCUGCAGCAGUUUCAUCAGCCCCAGCAGCAGCGGGCGGGCCUGUGGUGUGCCGGGAGCUGCCGUACUGGGAGGUGGUGAAGGCAACCAACGAGUGGUCGCCAGGCAACCUGAUCGGGCGGGGGGGCUACGGUGACGUGUACAAGGGAGUGGCACCGUCAGAUGGGUGCACCGUGUGGGCUGUGAAGCGCGCCCGCGUCAUCACCAAGGACUUCCGCCGAGAGGUGGAGCAGAUGGCAUCGAAGCACCACCCGCACCUGGUGCGGCUGCUGGGGUACUGUGUGCACAUGGAUGCGCGCACGGAGCAGCACGAGCAGAUCGUGGUCUACGAGUUCAUGCCCGCCGGCGACCUGCAAUCCUGCAUGCCCUCCCACCUCGCUGAUGCGCCUCAGAAAG